AUGUCGAACUCAAACCAGAAAGGUUGGCUCAGAAAGUUGAUUGGCAGGUCCAAAAAGUCAAACUCGGACCUCACGAACCAACAUCAAGGUCACCAACCCAUCAGCCCAGCCCACGAUGCCCUCGCAUCCAACAAUCCAUUUGCCAGUUCCGAGGCAGCCCCGCCCUCUUACAAUGAAGCCAUGUCAGGCAAGCCCGGAGCAUCGGCCAACGGAAAUCAACUAGGCGCCUCGAGUUCACAAGACCCCGGUGCCGCGACCACCUACCGGCGUGUGACCUGGGACGGACAGGUUGUCACGGCUGAAGACGACCCCUACGCCUUCCUUUCCGUCUUCGACACGGUCUUUCUGAUCGACGACAGCGGUUCCAUGAGUGGCCCUCGAUGGUCUGAAGCCGGGAAAGCCAUCGCCGCCAUCGCUCCGAUUUGCGUCGCCCACGACAAGGACGGCAUUGACGUCCACUUCAUCAACCACCCCCACAGUUACACGAAUAUCACGUCGGCGGCCAGAGUCAACGAAAUCUUCAGUGAGGUUAAGCCGAGGGGGGUUACAUUGACAGGACAGCGCCUCUGGGAUAUUCUGGGUCCGUACCUGGAAAGAUACACGGAGGGUUACGAGGAUGAAGACCGGAAGCCCCGGGCUAGCUGGGACCCCGAGAAGACGGGCGUGAAGCCGAUGAACCUGAUUGUGAUCACCGACGGCGAACCGGAUGAUUCGCCCGAGAUGAGGAUAAAACAGUGCAUCAAGAGGCUGGAGAAAGUCGACGCUCCGUACUACCAGAUUGGCAUUCAGUUCUUUCAGGUGGGAAAUGACAAAGAGGCUAAGAAGGCCUUGGCGGCGCUGGAUGAUAAUCUGGGUGACGACAGGGAUAUGGUCGACACGGUGACGUGGGAUGGUGGAGAUACGCUAGCGAGGCAGUUGGAGGGAGACAAGCUGCUCAAAGUCGUGUUGGGGAGUGUCGUCAAGAGGCUGGAUCGUCAGAAGGCGGAUGGUAAGGAUACAAAGGGGAAGAAGAAGUAG